AUGGCGACGGCUAUGGGGAAGCGCCUGGAAGGCAAGACCAUCGUGGUGACGGGCGCGUCGUCGGGGAUCGGGCGGAGCACGGCCCUCGAAUUCGCGCGCACUUCGCCGAACGAUCUUAGGCUGAUCCUCACGGCCCGGAGACUUGAUUCGUUGAACAAGGUUGCCGAAGACAUCAAGGCCGAAGUCGGCGCCGGCGUCAAGGUGUUGCCGUAUCAAUUGGAUGUGAGCAAGCCGGAGGAGAUCGACCGCUUCGUGAGCUCGUUGCCGGCGGAAUUCCGGGAGAUUGAUGUUCUGGUAAACAACGCAGGUCUUGUCAAAGGCGUUGCGCAGGCGCCAGAUAUCAACCGGGACGAUAUCAAAGUGAUGUUCGAUACCAAUGUCACCGGCUUAAUAAAUAUGACACAGGCAAUCCUUCCGAUUUUCAAGAAGCGACCCGACGGCGGGCGAGGGGACAUCAUCAACAUUGGAAGUAUUGCCGGCAUCGAGGCUUACGCGGGUGGCAGCAUAUAUUGUGCGACGAAGGCCGCCGUGCGCAGUUUCACGAGUGCCCUCAGGAAGGAGCUGAUCGCAACGAGAAUCCGGGUCGUUGAAAUUGACCCUGGUCAGGUGGAGACGGAAUUCUCCGUGGUUAGAUUUUAUGGGGACAAAUCAAAGGCGGAUGCUGUCUACGCUGGAUGCGAACCUUUGACGCCAGAUGACAUCGCCGAAGUUGUUGUAUUCACGGCGGGUCGGCGCGAAAACGUCGUGGUCGCAGAGACCGUCCUGUUCCCUCAGCACCAGGUAAGCGGCCGCUCAGACCUCCCAGCAAAAGGGUUUCGGGGAUGGGGGUAG